AUGGAGAAUACAUCCCGAUUCCGGAGACCUUUAUUUACGGAAUCCCAGCGAAAGGGUCUAAAUUCGUCACUGGUUCGCUCCCUGCGUAAUGUCGAUCCCGGGCACGCUCUAUCGGAGCUGGAUGAGCAGGCGAUAGAAGCGCAACCUGCAGACUAUCCGCUCUCACGGGGCCCAUUCGGUGUCUUCCCAGUACAAACCACCAAGUUUAACCAUUCUCCGACCUCUAUCAGCACAGACACUACUCCGGUAACCGACUCGCAAGUGUUGAUGAAUGACCUGGUCGACCCCGCCCUAGCAGAUGCGGGAGAAACGGCGAGUAUUCUCGAUCCUGCUACUUUCGAACUGGGUGUAGACGAUGCCCUCGAGGACUCGACGGUCUUAGAUCAUGACCCCAUAUCCUUGGCAGGCUCGCUGCUGUUGCACGACAUCGGUUCGGAAGACUCGGUGGCUCGGCUUUAUGAAACCUACGAGAAUACCCAUUUUGAUGCACUAGAUGGGCCUAUUCCGUUCCAUAGCUUCCUCUUUCCAAACCCACAGGGUUCUCGGUUCCCGGGUGAUUCGUGGCUACUUCUGGCUAACUACCGCGAUAAGGUGGUUCCUUUGCUGAGCCCUCUAAAUCCCUCUGCAAAGUCACCGUGGCAUCAUUUGAUCCUUCCUUGUGCGAUGAAUACAAUGGCAGAGAUGACAAUGGGAGGAACCACGAGUCAUGCCCGGUCUGCCCUGUUGCAUGCAUUGUUGGCCACUAGUGCUUCUCACAUACAGCUAUCGUCUUUUACUUCUCCAGAGGACUCGUGGAACCUUACAUCGCAUUAUUACAAACAACGAGCUCGGCAUGACUUGAGGCGUUGCUUGCAGGAGGAGGCAUCGUCGCGGGUAAAGAAAGCUAAAUACAAGGAUAUCCUGAUGGCCCUUUUAUCAAUGGCUAUCUUGAACGUGUUCGAUGCCGACGCCGACUCUCUACUUGCUUGUCUACUAGUCACAGAGAAGUACAUCAGCAGGAAAGGGUUAAGUAAACCAUCCUUGUCACGAAAAGCCCGACUUCUCCAUCACUGCUAUGCCUAUCUAAGAAUAUUCAACGAAUCGGUCGUUCUCUCCGACGUGUCCACAGACCCAUUCCACGACCUGGGUGUGGCACUGGAUCCCGUUUCGACCGCCAAAGCCCCCCGAUUCCGCAUCUCACGCUGGUCAGAUACGCCCGACUUCGCCCUCGCCACAGUCAAGUCCAUUGAACUAGGACAUCACGAUCUUCACCUCGAGCAUCCCGCACGUUGGGACUUAACCAUGUAUCCGGAGAUUUUCGGCAUUCCCGAGUCCUUCUUAAGUCUGAUGUCGCACGUCACCCGUCUCGGCAACGAGCGCGACUUGCUCAUGAGCGGUCGUCUAGACGGCCCCUCUCCAAACACCCGCGAUUUCCUCCUGCGUGCCAAACUAGUCGAAGAGCACAUCUGCCGCUGGGAUCCCGCCCAGGACCCUGAAAGCAGCAGUCAAAACCUACCCAUGAUGCUUGCGAUGCAAAAGGCGCUGUUGAUUUUCUUUUACAGACGCUUCUACGAUGUGCAGACAACUACUCUCCAACAGGAAGUCCGAGAGGUUCGGGAUCUCCUACUCACGUCCAAGACGGCCAGCCAUAAUGUAUACAUGAUCUGGCCUGGCUUCAUCGCUGCUUGUGAGGCGCUGGGUCCGGAUCUGCAGGAUUAUUAUCGAGGGUGGUUUACAGACUGUUUUCGGAAUACUGGACUUCCAUCGUUUCAAGUUGCGAAAUCUAUUGCCGAGUCAAUAUGGACGAGCGGAAGGGGUGGACAGGAACGGUCAUUGCAAUGGCCGGACGUUGUUCGCUCCUCGGGUCAGCGACUGGUCCUGUUCUAA